GUUCCGAGUUCGUGGUUGUAUAUAAGACGCCAUUGGCGGGGCCUCCUCCUCAUCCCCAUUCCUAGCUCGCUCACGAGUACUCGCUAACGACCCCCAAUCCUCCCUCACCCGCACUAACCCCCUUCAUACGUGCCUAGUAGUCCGCUCACCAAUGGCCGGAAACCAGGCUGUCGGCAUUAACCCCCCGGAUGCCAUCGAACACUUGACGACCCAAGCUUCGGACUGGCUUUGGGCGGCCUUCUCCUUGAUGGCGGUCUGCUUCUUGGCUACCUUGUGUUGGAGUGUCAUGAGACCCCGUGGCACUCGUCUGUUCCAUGAGAUCGCCGCAGUUGUACUCUUGACCUCCAGCCUUGCCUACUUCUCGAUGGCGUCUGAUCUUGGCGCAACGCCGGUGGCUGUCGAGUUUCGCGGCGACGGUGGCGACCCUACCCGCCAGAUUUGGUAUGUCCGGUACAUUCAAUGGUUCAUCACGUUCCCCUUGCUGCUCCUUGAGGUCCUGCUCGCCACCGGCCUUCCGCUUUCCGACAUCAUCACGACCCUCUUCAUGAGCAUCGUCCUCGUCAUCUGCGGCCUGGUCGGUGCACUCGUGCACAGCACCUACAAGUGGGGUUACUACACCUUCGGCUGCAGCGCACUCCUCUGGAUCUGGUACGUGCUCCUCUGGCACGCGCCGUCCACCUCCUUCGCCAAUGGCGGCAUCGUGCGCCGGGGCUACUACCUCGCCGCGGGCUACCUCUCCUUCAUGCUGAUCACCUACCCAAUCUGCUGGGCGUGCGCGGAGGGCGCGAACGUCAUCACCGUCGACGCGGAGAUGAUCUGGUACGGCAUCCUCGACUGCGUCACCGCGCCCGUGUUCCUCGCGGUCGUCCUCUGGCAAGUCCGCGCUGUCGACUACGACGCGUUCGGCUUUCGCUCCGGCAAGUACGUCGACCACGGGGCGUCGGAGAAGCGUGGCGCGCCUCAAGCGUAACACUGGCCGAGCUGUCUUGCCACGAAAGUCUCUAAACUCCUUUCUUCCUCUUUGAGGGCCCGACUGUUGACGACCUGAUGAAUCUACGACAUGAUACGAGCGAGUCUAAUGUCCCAAUGUACUUAC